AUGAGUGCAGUUGUUUUCUUCUUUCGAGCUUGGAACGUAGGCUUGGGUGGUGCUGGUGCUGUGCUGCUUCUACCUGGUCGCCCGGCUGAAGCUGUGCCAGUGCUCAGAUCUUGCGGCCAGGCUUUCACCGGAAGUCGCGCGGGUGACAGUGCUCGCUGCGGCACGCUCCUGGGAGCAGCAGACCAGAGUAUAAGAUCUGUGCAUGGCUGCUCAAAGCAUACGGGUUCUCUGGGAAAUGCUACGCGAACCUACAUGGCCCGCUCGACCUGA